AUGAGCUCGCCGUCCCUCAGCAAGAUCGCGGCUAACAGCCCGAGCCGCCAGAACCCGUCCGAGCUCGAGCAGGGCAUCGCCAGCGCUCUGUACGACCUGGAGAGCAACACCACCGACCUCAAGGUCGCUCUCCGUCCUCUGCAGUUCGUCUCGGCCCGUGAGAUCGAGGUUGGCCACGGCAAGAAGGCUAUUGUCAUCUUUGUCCCCGUCCCUUCGCUGCAGGGUUUCCACCGUGUCCAGCAGCGUCUCACCCGUGAGCUCGAGAAGAAGUUCUCGGACCGCCAUGUCCUGAUCCUCGCCUCGCGCCGCAUUCUCCCGCGCCCCAAGCGCUCCAGCCGCUCGCGCAACACCCUCAAGCAGAAGCGCCCCCGCUCGCGCACCCUGACUGCCGUGCACGACGCCAUCCUGACCGACCUUGUCUACCCCGUCGAGAUUGUCGGCAAGCGCCUCCGCACCAAGGAGGACGGCUCCAGGACCCUCAAGGUCAUCCUCGACGAGAAGGAGCGUGGCGGUGUUGACUACCGCCUCGACACCUACUCGGAGGUCUACCGCCGCCUCACUGGCCGCGGUGUCAUCUUCGAGUUCCCCCAGACCAGCGCUGCUGACUACUAG